UUUUUUGUCCCGGAAAAUGAAAUACCGGAAAACUGUCCGCUACAUUGAAUACGAAAGGCAGGAAAUAUGGAGCAUCUGCCCGGCAUGGUCCUUCGUCCCAGACAUUAAGAAUUCGUCUUGUUUCUUGCGCAUUGCAAUCUCAUCAACCGACGAUUACGUCCCUCCAUUCACAAUCUGUUCUGGCAUUGGAGAGAGAGAGAGAGAGAGAGAGAGAGAUGGGGAACGGCUUAGGAUUACGAAGGAAUAGGAGAGCGAAGGUGAUGAAGAUCAACGGCGAGACCAUGAAGCUGCGGACUCCGGUUCGAGCUUGCCAAGUGGUGGACGACCACCCGGGCCACGUGCUGCUCGACUCCGAGUCGGUCAAGCGCUUCGGCAUCCGAGCUCGGCCGUUGGAGCCACACCACGAGCUCAAGCCCGAGAAAUUAUACUUCCUCGUCGAGCUGCCCAAGUUCCCCAACGAGCACGAGAAAGCCCCCAGGCGGGUUCGAUCAGGUAUACAGAUGGGCGCUAAGGACCGGCUGGAAUGCCUGAUGCUGUCACGGAGAGCCGAGUCAGACAUGAUUAGGCCGACGAGGGCGAGUUUUCGUCGAGACAGUGCGGCGCCGGUGCAGGUGAAGAUGCGGAUUCCGAGGGCGCAGCUGGACAAAUUGAUGGAGGAAAGUAUGGACGACGCGGAGGUCGCUCAGAGGAUCGUCGAUCUUUACAUGGGAAAUGUUGGAGUCCUCAGAGAGGAUAAGCAUUUGGGGAGUGAUCAGAAGUUGUUGAUGCACCAGCGUCAGGAGUGUCAUUGGAAGCCUGCAGUUGGUGGCAUUAGGGAGAGCUUCAUGGCCCCGGCGGUUCGUUUCUCUUCUCCGUCGACAUCAUUAAAUUCGAGGAAUGCAAACCUAAGUUCGUUCCAUUAGGACAUGUCGAUUAUGUGCUAGGAAAUAGUAACAUGGGGACGCUGCAUCGAAAGAAAAUCGGUAUUAAGGAUAUUUUAGAACUCGAAUUACUUAUCCAAUUGAACUGAAAUUGAGCGGAUGUACUACUAGGGUGAGCAUGAUGCCCGGGUAGAAUCA